UAUAGUUCUUAUGGGCCUCAAGCCCAAAUAAAAUAAAAAAACUAAACAAGCCCAAUUUCGAGAAGAGACUUGUGUCGUCGAUGUCAUCAAAAGAAUCUUGCUGCAGAUAGUCGGAGAAGACCAAAACGAAAGUUCCGAAGAAGAUCAAAGGAGAAAAGAUGAUUUACCGAAAGUGGAGUUUGCUGUCCGGUCCACCGGUUAUCCUCGGCGGAGCCGUAAUUGCCGCCGUCGCCGUCGGAAUCGUCUUGCAAAACGUAACGAAAGGGGAGCAAAAGAAGAAUGUCUCAACAAACAAGUGAGAAGACGAAUGUGAAGAUGCUACCAAAUGUGAUUUGAUACAUUUAGUUCUUGCAGUGUAUGCUCAAUAAUGCUUUUGUAAGCUUUUGAAUACACAGAUCUUUGUGUUGUUUUCAGAUUCUUGUUACUAAUAAUGAUAUUUCAUUUUCCACU